GGAAUCGUUCUAGUCAACAGAACGCUACACCAUAGCUUAUUAUUUUCUUUUCGAAAAAAUACCUUAAAAAUAAAAUUUAAAUAAUAUACAUAAUUCACAAUGGCACCAAAAAAAGACAAAGGGAAGAAAGCUGAAGAGGCGCCGAAAGCCGGCAGUGGCUUCACCGAAGUAGAACGAACAUUUUUAGAGCUUCAAAUCACCGAAUGCAACCGAAAAAUAGCCAGACUUAGGGCGGCCGUGGAAGAAUAUGAAACCAGGAAUGAAGAACUACAAAAGGCUUAUGACAAACUAGACGAGGACAGAGCUGACAUAAUUUCGUAUUUGAAAAAAACGCUCAACGCAAAAAAUGAAGAAAAUACCGAAUUGAAAGACAAAGUCAAAGGCCUCGAAGAGACAAGGGAAAUUGAAACUAAAGAGUUCAAACAAACCGUUGCAGAGUUAGAAAGAAACUUCACUGUUAUGAAAGAUCAACUUUCAUCUGAAAAUAAACUGUUAGCCAGCAAACUCAAUACUUUAGAAGAGUUUAGAGCUAUACGAGAUGAUUUGAUGAAAAAGUUCGAACAACAGGAACAAGAUUUCCAAGAUCAAGAAAUGAAAUACAAAAGAAUUAUUUAUGAUGCCGAGAAGAAAUACGUGGUGAGUAAAGAUAAAUUGAAAAAAGAAAUGGAAGCUCGAUUAUUGCAACUGGCCCAAGACUUUCAAGAUGCGACCGAAUUAAGAAUUGCAGCUUCAACGCACAGGGUGAUCAGAGAAAAUAUAGCUAUUAACAACGAAUUAGACAAUAUGCUAUCUUCACAAGCCAAACUGACUGAACAAAAUGAGAAAUACAAAGAACGUGAAAAAGCAGCUCGUAUAGCCAAAGAAUUAGCUGAAGAAGAGAGAGAUGCGGCUAUUAACAAAAACGUUAUCCAGCUUAAAGUUAUAGAGCAAUUAACAUCAGCUUUCCAAGAUAUAAAGAAAAACCAAAGUUUGCAAGAGAAAAAGGUAAUAGACUUCGAAACACAAUUAGUAAAGAUACAAAAACUAACAAAAGAAAAUGAAAAUUUACAACUACAGGUAAGAAUAUUAGAACAAAAUUUGCAUAAUAAAAUGAGCAUACAUCAUAAAGCAACGAUUGAUGCAAAUGAAACGUACGCUCAAUGUGAGAAACUGAAAAAGAUAUUGAAAGAAGCCGCCACAGUGGUCAGGGCGGCUUUGAAGUUAGAUGAAUGGGCAAAAACAGAUCCAUCAAAGCAAAUAAUGGAUAGACAAAAUCUUUUGUCACGGCUGCUUGACAUCGUAUCGCAAUAUCGAGAUAUAGAAAACGCAGAGUCUAUAGAAACAAUAGCAUCAAUGGGCCAAGUAUAUAAAGAAGGCGAUCUAGGAUUUAUUCCAAAGCCAGUCGCUAGAAAGUCUUUACAAUCUGCUGAUUUGUCAACGUACAUGCCUAAAGAAGUCAGUCGAAAAGCAGAACAUAGUCUGAUAUCAAUUUCUAUUGAUUCAUCUUCCCUUGGUAGCGUAAAAACAAUGCCAAGUAUAAAAGUAAUGCCACCCAAAUGCGGUGCUGACUCGGUGGAAACUAUCAGUGCAGUAUCAUUUGUUACAUCAUCAAAAUCUGAAGUUGUGUCUGAAGAAUCUGAAUUCGAAGCGGUUACUGAAGCAGAUUUAAAAAUGACCCAGAUGUUAGAAGAGAGUAAACUGCAAGUACAGAAGUCUGUUAUGAUGGAACUGGUGGAAAUAAAGAAGAGCAUGGGCGUGUUGAGGAAAGAUGAUAAAUGUGAAAUAUUUGAGAGAAAAUCCAAGAUUGGAUUUGUGGAUGAUCCUGAAGAGAUGGAAACAGAGCAAGCGGAACUGCUAGAGGGAGAGGUGGUUAUUAAGACAGAAGGAUAUGACAGUGAUGAAGACCAUGUAGAAAAAACACAAGAAAAGACGAAAGACGACCACCAAGAAAUAACAGAACAUAAAGAAGAGCCAAAACAAGAGAAGUCUGAAGACCAAGUAGAACAGCAAGAAGAUAAGACUGACGCGGAAAUAGAAUAGGUUAAUCAAAUGUGUUUUAUGAUGUGCUUUCUUAGUGUACAUUCAUAUUUUUAUAUAAACUAUAAUUGAA